CUCAUUCUGCACCCAGGAUCCAAGAGCGACAGAAUCCUAGAUAGAAGAAAGAAAGAAACAAUAACUGCCCUUUGGAGACAAUUCUCGAGAGAAAAGCAACCGUUUCUCGGCGCAAAGCAACAUGAAGUCCUGGCUUGCGCUCUUUCUCUUCUUGGCUUCGUCUGGCCUGGUUGCCGGAAAGAAAGAGUGUGGGGGAGGCUCUGGCACCUGUGUUCCGGCGAGGAAAUGUAACAAUCCUCUUGAAAGAGGUUCAUGUCCUGGUAAAAUGGUCUGCUGUCUCGACGAAAAUGGGGGUGGAAGAUCUUUAAAGACAGACGGAAAAGAUGAAUGUAAAAACAGGAAUGGAAGAUGCGUAGGAGAAGGGAAAUGCGAAGAAAAAGACGUCCUCAAGAAAGUUGAAUGUAGCGGGCAGAAUGAAGUGUGUUGUCGCAAAGGUGGAAGAUCAUCAAAGAAAACCGGAAAAGAUGAAUGUAGAAACAGUAAUGGAAGAUGCGUGGGAGAACAGAAAUGCGGAGAUAAAGACGUCCUUAACAUUAAAUGUAGCAGGCAGAAUGAAGUGUGUUGUCGCAAAGGUGGAAGAUCAUCAAAGAAAAACGGAAAAGAUGAAUGUAGAAACAGUAAUGGAAGAUGCGUGGGAGAACAGAAAUGCGGAGAUAAAGACGUCCUUAACGUUAAAUGUAGCAGGCAGAAUGAAGUGUGCUGUCGCAAAGGUGGAAGAUCAUCAAAGAAAAACGGAAAAGAUGAAUGUAGAAACAGUAAUGGAAGAUGCGUGGGAGAACAGAAAUGCGGAGAAAAAGACGUGCUUAACGUUAAAUGUAGCAGGCAAAAUGAAGUGUGCUGUCGCAAAGGUGGAAGAACGUCAAAGAAAAACGGAAAUGCUGAAUGCGAAGACAAGAAUGGAAGUUGCGUGAAAGAAAAGAAAUGUGAAGAAAAGGAUGUAAUCAAGAAUAUUGGAUGCAGCGGGCAGAAUAAAGUGUGCUGUCGUAAGGCCAUCACAGGAGAGAAAAGAGGUUCAAGGAUGGACGGGAAGGAGGAGUGUAAAAGUAACGAAGGGAAAUGUGUCGGGGGAAAGAAAUGCAAGAACAAGGACACCAUCACGACGAUUGACUGCGGUGGAAAGAAAGUUUGCUGCGUCGGCUGCAAAGGAUUUGAGAAGGGAAAAUGCUCGAAGAUAAAGGGAAAAUGUAGAAAGGGACCAACUAAAAAGAAAACAGAAAAGAUUGAGAAUGGUUGCAAGAUUCCUGGAUGCUCAUGCUGGGUCAAACCUUGCAAAAUACUUCAAGCUUGCACGGAUGGAAAGGGUACAUGUGUCCGAAAGAAGAAGGAUUGUCCAAAUGGCAUACUGAUGAAACAAUAUUGCAAGGGGAAAAAGUGCAAAUGUUGCCUCCCAGCUUCUACGAACACAACCUUGCCUCCUACGACCACAACCGUGCGUCCUAUGAACACAACCGUGCUUCCUACGAACACAACCAUGCAUUCUACGAACACAACCAUGCAUUCUACGAACACAACCAUGCGUCCUACGAACACUACCUUGCCUUUUACGAACAUUUCCUUGCCUUUUACGACUAUAACCUUGCCUCCUAUAACCUACGAACCACAACCACCCGCCUCCUUACGACCACAACCCACCGCCUGCUAUGAAAACACAACCCCACGCCUGCUUAUUGGGAAACAACAACCCCACGGCCCUUUGCUUGAUGGAAACACCAAAAAAACCACAGCCUGCUAUUUGAACAACAAACCCAAACACCUGCUUAUGAAAAAAACCACAAACCACACCCUGGCUUAUGGAACAACAAAACCCGGCCUUUUUCCCCUUUAA